AUGGAUAAAUCAAGUAUUGCUAACAAAAUUGAAGCAUAUUUAGGUGCAAAAUCCGAUGAUUCUAAAAUAGACCAAUCGUUGAAAGCUGAUCCUAGUGAAGUGCAGUACUAUGGAAGUGGAGGUGAUGGAUAUUACUUAAGAAAAAAUAUUUGCAAAAUUACCGUGAAUCAUUCAGAUUCUGGAACAAAUGAUCCUUGUGAUAGAAUACCACCUCCUUAUGGCGAUAAUGACCAAUGGAAAUGUGCCAUAAUUUUAUCUAAAGUAAGUGAAAAACCUGAAAAUGUAUUUGUUCCUCCGAGAAGACAACGUAUGUGCAUUAACAAUUUAGAAAAAUUAAAUGUUGAUAAAAUUAGGGAUAAACAUGCAUUUUUGGCAGAUGUAUUACUUACGGCCAGAAAUGAAGGAGAAAGAAUAGUGCAGAAUCAUCCAGAUACAAAUAGUUCCAAUGUUUGUAAUGCAUUAGAAAGAAGUUUUGCUGACAUUGCAGAUAUUAUUAGAGGUACAGAUCUAUGGAAAGGUACUAAUAGUAAUUUAGAACAAAAUUUAAAACAAAUGUUUGCAAAAAUACGAGAAAACGACAAGGUACUUCAAGAUAAAUACCCAAAGGACCAAAAUUAUAGAAAAUUACGAGAAGAUUGGUGGAAUGCUAAUAGACAAAAGGUGUGGGAAGUUAUUACUUGUGGUGCGCGAAGUAACGAUUUACUCAUAAAACGUGGAUGGAGAACAUCUGGAAAAUCUAAUGGAGACAAUAAACUUGAAUUGUGUCGCAAAUGUGGCCAUUAUGAAGAAAAGGUUCCUACCAAAUUAGAUUAUGUCCCUCAAUUCUUAAGGUGGUUAACAGAAUGGAUAGAGGAUUUUUAUAGAGAGAAGCAAAAUCUGAUCGAUGACAUGGAGAGACACCGUGAAGAGUGUACAUCAGAGGAUCAUAAAUCUAAAGAAGGUACAUCAUAUUGUAGUACCUGUAAAGACAAAUGUAAGAAAUAUUGUGAAUGUGUGAAGAAAUGGAAAUCCGAAUGGGAAAAUCAAAAAAAUAAAUAUACAGAAUUAUAUCAACAAAACAAAAACGAAACUUCGCAAAAAAAUACAUCAAGAUAUGAUGAUUAUGUUAAAGAUUUUUUUAAAAAACUUGAAGCUAAUUAUUCGUCUCUUGAAAAUUAUAUAAAGGGUGAUCCUUAUUUCGCAGAAUAUGCAACCAAAUUAUCAUUUAUUUUAAAUUCAUCAGAUGCUAAUAAUCCGUCUGAAAAAAUACAAAAAAAUAAUGAUGAAGUAUGUAACUGUAAUGAAUCAGGAAUUGCAUCUGUUGAACAGGAACAAAUAUCGGAUCCGUCGUCGAAUAAAACAUGUAUCACACAUAGCUCCAUAAAAGCUAAUAAGAAAAAAGUAUGUAAACAUGUAAAGUUGGGUGUUCGUGAAAAUGAUAAAGAUUUGAGAGUAUGCGUAAUUGAGCACACUUCCUUAAGUGGUGUUGAAAAUUGUUGUUGCCAAGAUUUCUUGCGAAUUCUUCAAGAAAAUUGUAGUGAUAAUAAAAGUGGAUCUAGUUCUAAUGGUAGUUGUAAUAACAAAAAUCAGGAAGCAUGUGAAAAAAAUUUAGAAAAAGUACUUGCAUCUUUAACUAAUUGUUAUAAAUGCGACAAAUGUAAAUCUGAACAAUCAAAAAAAAAUAACAAAAAUUGGAUAUGGAAAAAAUCCUCUGGUAAGGAAGGUGGAUUACAAAAAGAAUAUGCUAAUACAAUAGGUUUACCCCCAAGAACACAAUCCUUAUGUUUAGUAGUGUGUUUAGAUGAAAAAGGAAAAAAAACACAAGAACUUAAGAAUAUUAGGACCAAUUCAGAAUUAUUAAAAGAGUGGAUAAUUGCUGCAUUUCAUGAAGGAAAAAAUUUAAAACCUUCCCAUGAAAAAAAAAAUGAUGACAAUGGAAAAAAAUUAUGCAAAGCUUUAGAAUACAGUUUUGCCGAUUAUGGAGAUUUAAUUAAAGGUACAAGUAUAUGGGAUAAUGAAUAUACAAAAGAUUUGGAACUAAAUUUACAAAAAAUUUUUGGAAAACUUUUUCGUAAAUAUAUAAAAAAGAAUAAUACUGCUGAACAAGAUACUUCAUAUUCUUCUCUUGAUGAAUUAAGAGAAUCAUGGUGGAACACGAACAAAAAAUAUAUUUGGUUAGCAAUGAAACAUGGUGCGGGAAUGAAUAGUACUACGUGUUGUGGUGAUGGUAGUGUCACUGGUAGUGGUAGUAGUUGUGAUGAUAUUCCUACGAUUGAUUUGAUCCCUCAAUAUUUACGGUUUUUGCAAGAAUGGGUAGAACAUUUUUGUAAACAACGUCAAGAAAAAGUAAAACCUGUGAUAGAGAAUUGUAAGUCGUGUAAGGAAAGUGGAGGUACAUGUAACGGUGAGUGUAAAACUGAAUGUAAAAAUAAAUGUGAAGUAUACAAAAAAUUUAUUGAAGACUGUAAGGGUGGUGAUGGUACUGCUGGAUCCUCAUGGGUGAAAAGGUGGGACCAAAUAUAUAAGAGGUAUUCCAAAUAUAUAGAAGACGCGAAACGAAACCGUAAAGCGGGCACAAAAAAUUGUGGCCCAAGUAGUACUACAAAUGCUGCCGAAAAUAAAUGUGUACAAUCAGAUAUCGAUUCGUUUUUCAAACAUUUAAUUGAUAUAGGAUUGACCACACCAUCUUCUUAUUUAUCUAUUGUUCUUGAUGACAACAUAUGUGGCGCGGACAAAGCUCCUUGGACAACAUACACGACAUACACAACAACAGAAAAAUGUAAUAAAGAAACAGAUAAAUCAAAGUUACAACAAUGUAAUACUGCCGUGGUUGUAAAUGUUCCGUCUCCACUGGGUAACACUCCACACGGAUAUAAAUACGCAUGCCAGUGUAAAAUACCAACUAAUGAAGAAACAUGUGAUGAUAGAAAAGAAUAUAUGAAUCAAUGGAGUUGUGGUAGCGCACGAACUAUGAAACGUGGUUAUAAAAAUGACAACUACGAAUUAUGUAAAUAUAAUGGUGUAGAUGUAAAACCGACAACAGUUAGAUCAAAUAGCUCUAAAUUAGAUGACAAGGAUGUGACGUUCUUUAAUUUGUUUGAACAGUGGAACAAAGAAAUACAAUAUCAGAUAGAGCAGUAUAUGACAAAUACAAAAAUAUCGUGCAAUAACGAGAAAAACGUAUUGAGUAGGGUGUCAGACGAAGCUGCGCAACCAAAAUUUAGUGACAAUGAAAGAGAUAGAAAUAGCAUUACCCAUGAGGAUAAGAAUUGCAAAGAAAAAUGUAAAUGUUACAGUUUAUGGAUAGAAAAAAUUAAUGAUCAGUGGGAUAAACAGAAAGACAAUUAUAAUAAAUUUCAAAGAAAACAAAUAUAUGAUGCAAAUAAAGGUUCUCAGAAUAAAAAAGUUGUUAGUUUAUCUAAUUUUUUGUUUUUUUCAUGUUGGGAAGAAUAUAUACAAAAAUAUUUCAAUGGCGAUUGGAGUAAAAUUAAGAAUAUAGGAUCUGAUACGUUUGAGUUUCUAAUAAAAAAAUGUGGAAACGAUUCAGGUGAUGGAGAAACAAUAUUUAGUGAAAAAUUGAAUAAUGCAGAAAAAAAAUGUAAGGAAAAUGAAAGUACCAAUAAUAAAAUGAAAUCAAGUGAAACAUCAUGUGACUGUAGUGAACCUAUUUAUAUUCGUGGGUGUCAACCAAAAAUUUAUGAUGGAAAAAUAUUUCCAGGUAAAGGAGGCGAGAAACAAUGGAUAUGUAAAGAUACUAUAAUACAUGGAGAUACAAAUGGUGCCUGUAUCCCUCCAAGAACACAAAAUUUAUGUGUUGGAGAGUUAUGGGAUAAACGUUAUGGUGGAAGGAGUAAUAUUAAAAAUGAUACAAAGGAAUCAUUAAAACAGAAAAUAAAAAAUGCUAUACAAAAAGAAACGGAAUUGUUGUAUGAAUACCACGAUAAAGGUACAGCAAUUAUAUCACGAAAUCCUAUGAAAGGACAAAAAGAAAAAGAAGAAAAAAACAAUGAUUCUAAUGGAUUACCAAAAGGUUUUUGUCAUGCUGUUCAAAGAAGUUUUAUUGAUUAUAAGAAUAUGAUUUUGGGUACCAGUGUAAAUAUAUAUGAGUACAUUGGAAAAUUACAAGAAGAUAUAAAAAAAAUUAUCGAAAAAGGAACAACUAAACAAAACGGAAAAACAGUUGGUAGUGGUGCAGAAAACGUAAAUGCUUGGUGGAAAGGAAUUGAGGGGGAAAUGUGGGAUGCAGUAAGAUGUGCUAUAACAAAAAUAAAUAAAAAACAAAAGAAGAAUGGUACAUUUAGUAUCGAUGAAUGUGGAAUAUUCCCCCCAACAGGAAAUGAUGAGGAUCAGUCCGUUUCGUGGUUUAAAGAAUGGAGCGAACAGUUUUGUAUAGAACGAUUACAAUAUGAAAAAAAUAUACGUGACGCAUGCACUAAUAAUGGUCAAGGAGAUAAAAUACAAGGAGAUUGUAAAAGAAAAUGUGAAGAAUAUAAAAAAUAUAUUUCUGAAAAAAAACAAGAAUGGGACAAACAAAAAACAAAAUAUGAAAAUAAAUAUGUAGGAAAAUCUGCGAGUGAUUUAUUGAAAGAAAAUUAUCCUGAAUGUAUAUCAGCAAAUUUUGAUUUUAUAUUUAACGAUAAUAUUGAAUAUAAAACAUAUUAUCCAUAUGGAGAUUAUAGCAGUAUAUGUUCGUGCGAACAAGUAAAAUAUUAUGAAUAUAAUAAUGCUGAGAAAAAAAAUAAUAAAUCUCUUUGUCAUGAAAAAGGUAAUGAUAGGACAUGGAGUAAAAAAUAUAUAAAAAAAUUGGAAAAUGGUCGAACAUUAGAGGGUGUAUACGUCCCCCCAAGACGGCAACAAUUAUGUCUUUAUGAACUAUUUCCAAUAAUUAUAAAAAACAAAAAUGAUAUUACAAACGCAAAAAAAGAAUUAUUGGAAACAUUACAAAUAGUUGCAGAGCGAGAAGCAUAUUAUUUAUGGAAACAGUAUCAUGCACAUAAUGAUACAACUUAUCUUGCACAUAAGAAAGCUUGUUGUGCUAUUCGUGGAAGUUUUUAUGAUUUGGAAGAUAUUAUUAAAGGCAACGAUUUAGUGCAUGACGAAUACACGAAAUAUAUAGACAGUAAAUUAAACGAAAUUUUCGAUAGUAGCAAUAAAAAUGAUAUAGAGACAAAACGUGCGCGUACAGAUUGGUGGGAAAACGAAGCAAUUGCUGUUCCUAACAUAACAGGUGCAAAUAAAAGUGAUCCUAAAACAAUUAGGCAGCUAGUAUGGGAUGCUAUGCAAUCUGGAGUAAGAAAGGCCAUCGAUGAAGAAAAGGAAAAAAAAAAACCGAAUGAAAAUUUUCCUCCAUGUAUGGGAGUUCAACAUAUAGGAAUAGCCAAACCUCAAUUUAUAAGAUGGUUGGAAGAAUGGACAAAUGAGUUUUGCGAGAAAUAUACAAAAUAUUUCGAAGAUAUGAAAUCCAAUUGUAAUCUCAGAAAAGGUGCUGAUGAUUGUGAUGAUAAUAGUAAUAUCGAAUGUAAAAAAGCAUGUGCAAAUUAUACGAAUUGGUUAAAUCCAAAAAGGAUAGAAUGGAAUGGAAUGAGCAAUUAUUAUAAUAAAAUAUACCGUAAAAGUAACAAAGAAUCGGAAGAUGGAAAAGAUUAUUCAAUGAUUAUGGAACCUACAGUCAUUGACUAUUUGAACAAAAGAUGCAAUGGCGAAAUUAAUGGGAACUACAUUUGUUGUAGUUGUAAAAAUAUAGGUGAAAAUAGCACUUCAGGUACAGUUAAUAAAAAACUACAAAAAAAGGAAACACAAUGUGAAGACAAUAAAGGACCUCUAGAUUUAAUGAACAAGGUAUUAAAUAAAAUGGACCCAAAAUAUAGCGAGCACAAGAUGAAGUGCACAGAAGUUUACUUGGAACAUGUUGAAGAACAAUUAAAAGAAAUUGACAAUGCAAUAAAAGAUUACAAAUUAUAUCCUUUAGAUAGAUGUUUUGACGACAAGAGCAAGAUGAAGGUGUGUGAUUUAAUUGGAGAUGCUAUAGGAUGUAAACAUAAGACAAAACUGGAUGAACUUGAUGAAUGGAAUGAUGUGGAUAUGCGAGAUCCUUACAAUAAGUAUAAAGGUGUUUUAAUUCCUCCUAGACGUAGACAAUUGUGUUUCUCAAGGAUUGUGAGAGGUCCCGCAAAUUUAAGAAACUUAAAGGAAUUUAAAGAAGAAAUUUUAAAAGGAGCCCAAUCGGAAGGUAAGUUUUUGGGUAAUUAUUAUAACGAAGAUAAAGAUAAAGAAAAGGCGCUAGAAGCUAUGAAAAACAGUUUUUACGAUUAUGAAUAUAUAAUAAAAGGUAGUGAUAUGUUAACAAAUAUACAAUUCAAGGAUAUUAAAAGGAAAUUAGACAGAUUACUAGAAAAAGAGACUAAUAAUACCGAAAAAGUUGACGAUUGGUGGGAAACAAAUAAGAAAUCUAUAUGGAAUGCUAUGUUAUGUGGGUACAAGAAAUCUGGGAAUAAAAUAAUAGAUCCAUCAUGGUGUACCAUACCUACUACAGAAACCCCUCCGCAAUUUUUACGAUGGAUAAAAGAAUGGGGAACAAACGUGUGUAUACAAAAAGAAGAGCAUAAAGAAUACGUUAAAUCAAAAUGUUCUAAUGUUACUAAUUUAGGGGCACAAGAAUCGGAAUCAAAAAAUUGUACAUCAGAAAUUAAAAAAUAUCAAGAAUGGAGCAGGAAAAGGUCUAUUCAGUGGGAAGCUAUAUCCGAAGGUUAUAAAAAAUAUAAGGGUAUGGAUGAAUUUAAAAAUACAUUUAAAAAUAUAAAGGAACCGGAUGCUAAUGAACCGAAUGCUAAUGAAUAUUUGAAGAAACAUUGUUCUAAAUGUCCGUGUGGAUUUAAUGAUAUGCAAGAAAUAACUAAAUAUACAAACAUCGGAAAUGAAGCAUUUAAGCAAAUAAAAGAACAAGUUGAUAUUCCAGCUGAACUUGAAGAUGUUAUUUACCGUCUAAAACAUCAUGAGUAUGAUAAAGGUAAUGAUUAUAUUUGUAAUAAAUAUAAAAAUAUAAACGUUAAUAUGAAAAAAAAUAAUGAUGAUACUUGGACUGAUUUGGUUAAAAAUUCUUCGGACAUUAAUAAAGGUGUGCUAUUACCUCCACGAAGAAAAAAUUUGUUUCUAAAAAUUGAUGAAUCAGAUAUAUGUAAAUAUAAAAGAGAUCCUAAAUUGUUUAAAGAUUUCAUUUAUUCGUCGGCAAUUUCUGAAGUUGAAAGGUUAAAAAAAGUAUAUGGUGAGGCUAAAACGAAAGUUGUUCAUGCAAUGAAAUAUAGUUUUGCCGAUAUAGGAAGUAUUAUCAAAGGCGAUGAUAUGAUGGAAAACAAUUCGUCUGAUAAGAUAGGUAAAAUUUUGGGAGAUGGAGUCGGACAAAAUGAAAAACGUAAAAAAUGGUGGGACAUGAAUAAAUAUCACAUAUGGGAAUCUAUGUUAUGUGGAUACAAACAUGCCUACGGAAAUAUUUCAGAAAAUGAUAGAAAAAUGCUUGAUAUACCUAAUAAUGAUGACGAACAUCAAUUUCUUCGAUGGUUUCAAGAAUGGACUGAAAAUUUCUGUACAAAAAGAAAUGAAUUGUAUGAAAAUAUGGUCACUGCAUGCAAUUCUGCGAAAUGCAAUACAUCUAAUGGAUCUGUUGAUAAAAAAGAAUGCACUGAAGCAUGUAAAAAUUAUAGUAAUUUUAUUUUAAUAAAAAAAAAGGAGUAUCAGUCACUAAAUAGUCAAUACGAUAUGAAUUAUAAAGAAACCAAAGCAGAAAAAAAAGAAUCCCCAGAAUAUUUCAAAGAUAAAUGUAAUGGUGAAUGUAGUUGUCUCUCUGAAUAUUUUAAGGAUGAAACAAGAUGGAAAAAUCCUUAUGAAACUCUGGAUGACACAGAAGUUAAAAAUAAUUGUAUGUGCAAACCUCCCCCCCCAGCUAGUAAUAAUACCAGUGACAUUCUGCAAAAAACCAUUCCUUUUGGUAUUGCGUUGGCGUUAGGAUCAAUUGCUUUUUUAUUCAUGAAGAAAAAACCCAAAACACCUGUGGACCUUUUACGUGUACUUGAUAUACCUAAAGGCGAUUAUGGAAUACCCACCCCCAAAUCAUCCAAUAGAUAUAUCCCCUAUGCAAGUGAUCGAUAUAAAGGCAAAACAUAUAUUUAUAUGGAAGGAGAUACUAGUGGAGAUGACGAUAAAUAUAUUUGGGACUUAUCUUCCUCUGAUAUAACUUCCUCCGAAAGUGAGUAUGAAGAAGUGGAUAUCAAUGAUAUAUAUGUACCAAGUUUUCCCAAAUAUAAAACGUUCAUUGAAUUAGUACUAGAACCUUCCAAAAGGGAUACAUUUAAUACAUCAAGUGGUGACACAUUCACCAAUAAACUUACGGAUGAUGAAUGGAACCAAUUGAAACAGGAUUUUAUUGAACAAUAUUUACAAAACAUACAAAAGGAUUUUAUUUUACAUGAUAGUAUGGAUGAAAAACCUUUUAUUACUCAAAUCCAGGAUAGAUUUCUUGAUAGUAGUCAUGAAGAAGUUACUUAUAAUAUUGAUUGGAAUGUUCCUGAAAAUAUUAAUAGGAUUACUAAUAACAUGGACGAUCCAAAAUACUGCUCAAAUAAUAUGUAUACUGGUACCGAUUUAAUUAAUGAUUCAUUAAAUGGUAACCAAUAUAUUGAUAUAUAUGAUGAGAUGCUGAAACGAAAAGAAAACGAAUUAUUUGGAACAUAUCAUACAAAAUAUACAACCUUUAACAGUGUUUCUAAACAAACACCUAGUGACCCGAUAAUUAACCAACUAGAUUUAUAUCAUAAAUGGAUAGACAAACAUAGAGAUAUUUGCGAACAGUGGAAAACCAAAGAGGAUAUGUUAUAUAAAUUGAAUGAAGUGUGGAAUAUGGAACGUAAGGAAUAUCUAUUGGAUAUACAACCAUCAACUCUGGAUGAUAUUCAUAAAAUUAAUGAUGAAACAUAUAAUAUUAUUAGUACAAAUAAUAUAUAUGAUCAUCCCUCACAGGAAACCCCCCUCCAACUACUUGGAUCAACAAAUAUUAUACCCAGUUAUAUUACCACGGAACAAAAUAAUGGAUUGCGCACAAAUAUAUCUAUGGAUACAUAUAUUGAUGAAACAAAUAAUAAUAAUGUGGUAGCCACUAGUAUAAUAGGUGACGAUCAGAUGGAAAAUUCGUACAAUUGUUGA